UGCUGCUUCCACAUGGGCUAAUGUGGUAAAUUAGUCCCAUCUGGCUGGAAUCCAUCUGUACCUCCCCCGGGUGGGGCUUUGAGACCACUCCUUCCUCCAGGAAGGUGGGAAAAGGCAAGUGUCCAAGUCUGGAUCAAGCAAUGAAGUAACUUUAUCUUAAGGAGACUGGACUUCUGAACAAAGCUCUGCCCCUCCUGUAAUAUUUUCAUGAAAAGAGAACAGCCCAUCUUCACCACCAGAGCCCAUGUCUUCCAAAUUGACCCCAGCACGAAGAAGAACUGGGUUCCUGCAAGCAAGCAGGCUGUAACUGUUUCCUACUUCUAUGACAGCACGAGAAACAGCUAUCGGAUUAUCAGUGUGGAUGGAGCCAAGGUGAUCAUAAACAGCACAAUCACACCUAACAUGACCUUCACUAAAACAUCGCAGAAGUUUGGCCAGUGGGCGGACAGCAGAGCAAAUACUGUGUUUGGGUUGGGCUUUCCCUCCGAGCAGCAGCUGACGAAGUUUGCAGAGAAAUUCCAGGAAGUAAAAGAAGCUGCCAAACUAGCAAGAGACAGAUCUCAAGAGAAAAUUGAGACCUCAAGCAAUCAUUCCCAGGAAUCUGGACGUGAAACACCAUCUUCCACUCGAGCAUCUAGUGUGAAUGGAACAGAUGACGAGAAAGCAUCACAUGGGGGUCCUGCUGAGGCACAUCUCAAGUCUGAGAAUGAUAAAUUAAAAAUUGCUCUAGCCCAAAGUUCAUCCAAUGUGAAGAAGUGGGAAACGGAGCUGCAGACGCUGCGGGAGAGCAACGCCAGGCUGACCACGGCACUGCAGGAGUCCGCGGCCAGCAUUGAGCACUGGAAAAAGCAGUUCUCAGCCUGCAAGGAGGAAAACGACCAGCUCAGGAGCAAGAUUGAAGAACUGGAGGAACAGUGCAAUGAAAUAAAUAAAGAGAAGGAAAGAAAUGCUCAGCUGAGUAGACGUCUCCAGGAACUGGAAACAGAACUUCAGGACAAAGAGCUGGAACUGGAAGAGCUCCGAAAACAGGGUGAAAUUAUACCACAGCUAAUGUCAGAAUGUGAAUCUGUAUCUACACAAUUACAGGCUGCUGAGAAAAAGAACAAAGAUCUUGAAGAGAAAGUCAGAACACUAAGGACAGAAGUUGAAGAGAGCAAACAUAGGCAGACCAACCUUAAAACUGAAUUAAAGAAUUUUUUAGAUGUACUAGAUGGGAAGAUAGAUGAAUUACAUGAUUUCCGACAAGGACUGUCUAAACUUGGAGUUGACAACUAGUUGGCAAUAGAUAUUUUUUUUUUUUUUUGUAAUCUAGGGUCUGGAUGUUUGAUGUUUUGUUGAUCCCAAACAUGUGUUUUACAAAAUAUAACUAGAAUGUUCCACUUG